AUGUCUGCUCGUUUAAGAAGGCCGAUACAAUCUAGUGUCAAUACACCUACUGUAAUUCAUAUCAGAUCAGAAAAGCAUGUUGACAAUAAUACUGCUGAAAGCAUUCUCAGUGAGUUCAUGCUUGCAAGUGAAAAUACUCCUGAGCCAACUAUUAAAGUGAGUCUGGAACUUAGCGGUUCAGAUAAGGAGGGAGGGUUGGCCAAUGGAGCAGGUGUAAGUGCAUUAUUAAGCCAGUUGAGAAGAAUACAAAGGAGUCUCCGAGGAUUACCUCCAAUAAUUUCGAAUUCUGAUGGUACUCAAAAUAAAACGGCACCGUUUAAUGACUCCGUAGAUGCAUCUUUCCAAGGUGAGCCGAAAAAUAAGAAAAUUAAGUUUGAUGAAAUAGACACAGAUCAUACCGAAAGAAAAAAUCGUAAGAUUAAAUUUGAUGACAGUGAUUCAGAAGAGCAAGAGACCGCUAACAGUAUUAAUACUUUAGAGUCUGAUAAUGGUACUUCGGAAAACAGCCUGAAAGAAACUUUAAAAAAGAAGGAUAAGAAACACAAGGAUAAAAAGUCAAAAAAGGAUAAGAUAAAAGAAUAG